AUGGAGGACACCGUCACCACCCCCGAUCCCUUAGAGCCGUCGGUUCAAGCGGAACCCAGCCCUGCAGCAAAUAGGGCUGAAGAGAAAGCACAAUGGCAGCCCAAGGGCCAAAAGACCUGUGGGUGUAGCACCUUGAAGGACACUCUCUCAAAGGCAGAUAGCACAGCCCUACGCUUAAGCAACUUAAUAUCCACGUCGUACGGAGAAGAAGCCACACUGGCGAUAGCUGGCUACUCUGCCGACAUCCUGCACCAUGCGCUCCUUUGCCCGCCGCUACGAGCCAUCUUCUCUUGCCUUCGCACCCGGCUGGGGCUCUCCGCGUCUGCUGAUGAUUCGAAAUCGCAGACGCGGCCUCUUCUUGCCCUGGCAUCCCUGAUCUCCGAGACCCGGACCGCUCUCCGUUUGCUCGGCCUGAUACCGCUCUGGGAAUGGGGUUCGGCGACUGUGAAAUCACCGCCGGCUGAUCCAGUCCUGCGGUCGGUAGCUUUUGCCCAGGUUGUCGUCAACGUCAUCUACCAAUUCAUGGAGAACGUUGCGUUUCUUGCGUCCAAGGGCGUGGUCUCGCAGCGUCUCCUCCAGCGUCUGGGUGGCGUUGGGAAAUGGUAUAUCUGGUCUACCCGAGCAUGGUUGGGCCAUGUCGUUCUGGAAUUUGUGCGCCUGUGGCGAGAACGAUCGCUAGCUGCGAGGCAGAAGGAACUAGCACUGGCGAAAGCGUCAUCGUCGGAUGAUAGGCUUAGCGAUGAAGAUCAGCGUGCUGAGGCUCUGCGGAUGCGGGCUUGGCGGAAGAGCUUGGUGAAUAACCUUGCCUGGUUCCCGCUCUGUGUGCACUGGAGCCUGGAGGAUGGAGCCCGGGUGCCGAGUAACAUAGUUGGACUGCUGAGUUUCAUUGCUACUGCUUGGAAAGUGAGCGAUUUAUGGAAGGCAACCGCAAGCGCGAUCUGA